UCUUUUCUUCCAUCUUCCUGUCAUCUCUGGAAGCUCGAUCCGUAUUGGAAUAGGCAGCAAUUAUUCCAAUCUCUAUGAGCAGAGCAUUCUGCCGUGUAAAAAAGAAGAACUACAGUGUGGGGACGGACUCUGCCUCUUAAACUGGUUGCGCUGUCACUACAGGAAGGACUGUGGCAGAGACUACAUGUCCAUCAAACUGACAUGCUCAAAAGUUCACUUCAACCAGAGCAGCGCAACCAGUGAAUUCCCCAGCUAUGGAGAAAAUGGAAAUGAUACCAAUUUACUUGUGUCACCCCUUCUGGUGGCUGGAGUAGUGAUUGGACUUGUGCUAUUCCUGUCCUGCGUUACAAUCAUCAUUGGCAGCCUGCGAAAGGACGGACGGCUGAGACACCCACAUCUGAGGAGAGAUGCUGUUUAUGCUCCAGAUGGCUUCUCUUACGGUGGCUCUUUUGGAGAGCUGAGAUCCACCUGCAUGGAGGAGUUUCCCCCAGGUUUUGAUUUUGGUUCCUAUCUGGAUACACUUUCUCAGGUCAACGUCAUGUAUCCUGAUUCACCUCCACGCUACGAUGAGUGUGUGGGGCCAGGAGCAACUGAAAUAUACAUUCCCACAGAUGAUCCCCCCCCAUAUUCUCUUACGGACCCUUGUCAAAGAAAUGAAAUAUCUAUAAACAUUAGCCUGGAAGAGGAAGCAGCAUCUGGGACUACAGGACAGGCUGCAAAUUAUGCCGUCAGGCUGCAGGACUUGCAGCAGCCCAUUUCAUCCAUCUCUUUGUCGUCCCUGGCUCUGGAGGCUGCUCCCCUGUACGAGACGGUGGUGUGUGAACAGAAUAUCCCCAUCCCACUUGUGCCAAUGGAAGUACGGAAAAAUUCUGCCACUGACUAUCAGACCCUUCUGAACCAAAUCAUGUGAAUAGAAGUGGCUCUUUCCUUCAAUUCUUCUGAAGAACUCAGACUGACAAAGACAUUUAAAUGGAAGAAUAAAACCUCUAAAAGUUUUACCUAUUUUAUAUCUUUAAACAGGGAUGCAAUGGGAUUCUCUUUUUUACAGUGAAUUUUGAAAGUUUACCUAAACUUCCCUCUUUGUGCUUCAAAGUGUUCCACGACAUCACACAGCAUAAAAGAGCAGUGACAAGCAGUGCACCUGACCUUUUUGAAGCAUUUCAAAACACAUCACAGUCAGCCACUCUUACUGUAGAUACAUGUUACCCAGUCAAGCCUACUUGUUGAUUUUAUGAUACUUUGCAUGUUUUAGAGCAGAAGGAAAAAGAAGAGCAUUUUGUUGUCUUUGUAGGUGUCACUAGUCACUUUCAUUCAAUGUCUUGGCAACAAUGUAUUUUUAAAUAAUUCUUUGACUAAAUAUGUGUUUCAGAAGACAGAGACAGAAUGCUGCCUGCAAAACAUGACUAUCAGUACCAUACAUGAGGAGAAAAAAAAAAAGAUAAUAUUUUGAUAGUCACCUUGUUCCUUUGGAAAGCCUGGCCAGUACCAGGCUUUCCAGAGCACUGCAAAGCCUGCUGUAAGUCUUCCUCAAAAGAAAGCAGUGGCAAGGGAUGGAGAGGUGACAGCUGGUCCCCAAACACCAACUGGCUUUAGGGAUGGAAGCUGUACCACAGCUGUGUGCAGGCUGGGAGCGACAUGCCCUUCACGGGCAGUGUCUGGGAUCCCAGAAGUUGCUCCUUGCCAAUUCCCGAGCAUGACCACAUUUUCAGGCACUAACCAGUCCCUUCCUUCAGUACAGAGCCAGCAGUGUUACAAAGGACCUUGACCUCUAGUAAUUGCAUUAGUGGGAUGUAAAUAAUAGAUGCUGGACUCGGCAUGUGCAGGAACGGAGAACCUCACUCUGUGCAGAAAGAAACCUCUUUUAUUAGGCAGGAUCCUUUCCACUGAAAUUUUGCUACCCACAAAUCUAGCCUUUGUUCCUAGACCUGGACCUCUCACACAUUCCCAUAAUAAAUACAUACAAGUUGGAGAUGCACAGCAGCAGAACAGCAGGGUUAAAGGGCAGAUGUGAGAGUUUAAUUUGGCAUGGUACACAAGCAGCCUAUCUUCAACCACUACUAGUUAGCACAGUUAUCAGAGGCUCAUCGCCACUAUAUCUCUUAGAGGUAUUUUCACUGAAAAAAAAAAAUUUACAUUGAUAAAAUGGACUUCAGUUUACUACCCCCACAGAAGGAUAUGUAAAAAUGAGUAUAGUAAAUAUACGGUUGUGUAUAAAAGGAAACAUCAUCCAAAUUAUUAAAAUUGCACUUAGAUAUUCUGUAAAUACUAAAUAAUUUUCAACUGUAAUCAUCAUUCAACACUCCAAAGAUUGACACAAUUAUAAUUAUACUUAGAUGGGAAGUAAUUAUAUGGUUCUUAUUGCUGUAUAAAUUAGACCAUUACUGAGUCAUAUGCCCAUGACGAGAUAAGGUAAGUAUGCAUUUUUUGCUAAGUAGAUGAGAGUAAAUAUGUAUUUUGGUAAAAUAAGAGAAUUCUUUCGCAAUUCAGCAAGAUUUCCAAUAUUCUCAGUACACUACAACCAAAACAACAAAAAUUCAUUGCAAAACUGCCGGGAGGCAUCCCCAGUACAAAGGCUGUAUUUUCCAUUUGUGUUUUUAACAUACAGAACUAUACCUCUUUAAAGUACUAGUGUAAACAGUUGUGUAGGAUGUAAAGUAUCCUGCAAUAAGAGAAGCAAAACUCUACACCAUCUAUUAGCAGUCAGAAAUUAAAACCAACACAGGAGUGUACCACUCAGUUUUACUGGCAGGAAAAUAAGAAGUGAGGGAGAGCACAGAGGUUUAUUCAUGCAGAACAGGACACAGGACACGCUUUCAUAGCUGUGUCUUCCUGCAGCUCUUGGAGACCUGCCUAGAACAGGGUAAAGCACUGGGACCAGACCCUGCUUACUUCAGGCUGCUGUCAGGGAGGUGGAGGGGGAAAUCUAAUCAAUAUUAGAAUUUAAUUUCUUUUUUUUUUCCUGGAAGUGAGUCACUCUUUUAUCUGUAACAUGGCAAACCUGGCAGUUCUUCUGGAGACAAGCACAGAAGGUUUUCACACCUGGCAGGUGAGCCUCUACUCUGUUACAGAUGCUUACAAUUUAUGUGCAUUUUGGGAAAUCCUUUCCACCUGCUCGGCUUUUAACCCAACAGGGAUUUCACAACCUCCCACUAACUUUCUGUCUGUGGUUUACAAAACAAGCUAAUUUUAAGUAAGCUUCUGAUGAUAAUGGGAGAUUUGUAUUUUGCCUCAUAACAGAAAUGCAUUGCUAAGAUUAUAGAAAACUAAACAAAGUCCUUCUUAAUUUGAUAAGUUACCCAUCUGGAUUGUAUGUGGCAGCAUUACUUACAAAUAGCUGUCUACUCCCUCUUGUGGUAUAACGCUUUGUAAUGUCAAGUCAUCUAGUUACCACACUACACAGAGUUCACGAGGGAUUCGUCCGUCAAAAUAAUUCCAGCUUCUCUCUCUCUCAUGGAUAUGGAAGCCAAACCAACACACACAAUUCCAUACUGUAGCGUUUUUCUAAGUUACCACUAAGUGUAUAGGUUAUGUCAUUCGUUAUAAACAAGUAUCUGUAAAAAACAAACUGUGAAUUACAAGUAGAGUAUGCUGCCUUCAGUGAUACCUUACCACGAUCACUUGCAAGACUGGCUUAGAAUUUUCUACUCUUGUUAAUCUUUUUAACUAGGUGAUAUCCAACACUAUUGUGGGGAAAAAAGCUUAUAAUCCAACCCAUAUACCUCUGCAAACAGACAGUAGUAGAAAAAGAAGUUUAUAGCUCUAAAAUUGCUCUAACAGCUUCCACUGCUACUACUGGAACAGUGUUGAAAUUUCUUGUAAUGAUGCAAUAAGAACAUAUUUUCAUUUACUGGAGAAUAGUUAAGGUCCUGGAUAAAUCUCAGCAAAGUUGACAGCGUCUCCUGAUGGUCCUCAUAAGAAACCAUAUCCUCCUAUCAGAUUUUAUCCUAAACUCUCACAUAAUUUAAUGCCAAUCCUAAAACAGGCUUAAGACUGGCCUUUCAUUUAUUACAUGAUUAAUAUAAAAGAAAAGUGUUUGGACAUGCUGUUUCUUGCUAUGUGAUAACAAUACUGUAUUUCUGUAGUCAUCUCUUUUGCUUCGAUUUUUAGUACACUGAUCUUUACACAAAACUUUUAGUAAAGAACAUAAAUGUA